GCUGCUGGAACUCGGCCCGGUUCCGUCCAAACAAUCGGCCGCCUAAGGAGUCCCGGAAGCGGGCUGCAGCUGGGAGGAGGCAGGCGUGCAUGUUUGAGCUCAGCUCCCGCUGCUCUCCAGCCUCUCAGACCGUGAGGACAACAGGCGGAAGAUGUUGUCCAUUGUGCUGCUGAGGAGGACCGGACUCGCCGCGCAGAGGAGCCGCCGUGUUUCACACUGAGGGUACUCCUUACAUGCAGUGCAAUGCCAUCUGCUCAGCAGCAUCACAUAGGAGAAAACUAUGGAGUUAACGACCAGGAAUCUGCACUGAAGAACUCGACUGAUUCAUUGUGACAAAGAAUAAAAAUGCUAUUGGACAAGAACUAAUGGGUUGUCCAAGCUAACGAUAGCAUGCCCUCGCAGAAAGGUAAAGGUUGUCCAGUAUCUCAGCGCUGCCAGGCAGCCUCUAAAUCGGAUGAUGCCACGCUUGCUCAGAAGAGAGUAUAUUGGAGAAACAAGAAAAGAGAGCAGCGGGCUCGUCUGUCUGAAAAGAGAAGUAAGUCAACACAAGAUGGCCAACAGGAACAUCAAGCAUACGUGUAUGUUUCUCCGGGGGUUAAUGCCAGGUUGUCCGACCGCUUGGCUUCGUCCUCAUUAAGUAAAGAUGUCUCAUGUAGUUAUUUAUCAAAGAGUGGGAAGACGGGUGAACAAAGCCCGACAAAGCCGCCUGAAAAUCAGGAGUGGAGUCAGACAAUGACAGUCAGCAAGGUCUUGCAGCCAACACACAGCUCCGUCUCGGCUAGGGCAGCCGAUGAUGUCACAGUAAAAUAUCCAGGCUUGGCCAAAAGCUGUGGAAGCCAACUGAACACCAGUUUAUCAGUGCCUCAAGUCAGAGUAACCCGUAUAACCAGCAACUGCUCCACAAAAACAGAACCCAAGCCAUGUGGAUCUAUGCAGAGUUCAUCUGAGGCAGAAGUUAAAUUGAAUGUGCCCAGGGUCUCACUUAUUGGUGUAACUGCAGAUACAAGUCAUGGGUCUUCAAAUUGUCCAGUUUUUGGUGAGACAGCGGUUCAAAGAGCACACGCAACACCUCAAAGCGGAACAAAGAGUGCCUUGGUCACUAAUAAAAGGGCUUCAGGUUUUGGCAUGACACCAGUCUCCAUGGAGUCUGAGGAGGAAAGAGCCGCCAAACGAAGAGAGCAAUGGAGAAUCAAAAAACGAGAACAGAGAGCAAAGCUAGCUAAAGCCAGAGAAAGGCCACAAAGCAGAGAUAGGACUUUUCAAGGGCUCACGGCACAAAAGACAAGAGUUGUGGCCAACUCUGCUCUACUUACGUCUCAGUCGUACUUUGGAAGCACAGGGCCGAAGCAGACUGCUGUUCAGGUCAAAGUGCCAUAUACAGCUCCCAGAUUGGAGGCUGACAAACUGCGCAGUAGGUUAGCUGUAACUAACCUACAAACUAAUUUAAAAAAAGAACAGAGUCCACAACAGCAUACAAUGGAAAACACAGCCAUUGCAACAUUUGAUGUGACCCAAGGGAAGACGUCUCCAGAAUCCCAGAUAAAACCAAUUCAUUUCCAUCAUCGUUCUAACAUUAGCCAAGGGAUUGCCUCAUGUAAAAUGCCUAGACAAAGGCCAGCCGAAACACACAAGAGCUUCCUGAAUCAGAGAAACUUAAGAAGUAAACCUCCUUCAACAGCUGCAAUGUUUAGGACCAGAGCAAUGCCCAAAAUGGACCCAAAUGACACACCAGAGCAAAUCCUAGCCAAGCGGAGAGAGUACUGGCGGAACAAGAAGCGUGAACAGCGAGCCAAGCUCUCACUGGAGAAAAAGAUCCGCCUGAAGGAGAAGGACUCUUUAACGCGGCGAGUAAAGCGUUACCAGCAAAUCCUUGAAGAGAUGAGAAAGGCAAGAGCCCUGGUCCAGUCAACGGAGAGGGUCCCUUUGCUAGCAAACGAGGCAAUCGGGGGGUUUAUUGAGGAGGAUGGGACUCUGACAGUAAACAUACCUGAGAGUCAAGAAGAAAAGCUCCAUGCCCUUUCCAAGACUUCCAACUGGGGGGGCGUUUCACCUACCAGGGUUAAUCCACUCUCACUUCCAGCUCUCUCAUCUCAGGGCAAACUUGGUUUUUCUCCUGCUGUUCAGACAUUCAAUAAAACCUCUAAACGUCUUAAUGUCAAAACAUGGUCGGACAUUGCCAUAACAGCAAAUUCUGGUUCAAAGUCAAGAAAAAGUUCCCAGCAGCUCACACUGACUCAUUUCCAAUCUCCUCACAAUGAACCCUUAUCCGCUGGUUCAAAGUUUGGUGGCUGUGUCAUGAAGAUGAAUAUCUCCAACCAUAAACAGUCACUUUCAGCACUGUCUGGAGGCACAAAGCUGACAGAAGAGGAAAGGACCGCUAAAAAGAGAGAGUACUGGAGGACAAAGAAACGUGAGCAGCGAGCGGCUCGGGCUUUCCGACUGAAGCAAAGUGUCUUCCAAGCAAGGAGCACUGUAGCCUUACUUAGGAGGAAGGCUCAGACCCCAGAAUCCCCUAAAACUGAGCGGCUUAGCACCAAUCUUGCGAUCUGUGAAGAAAAAGAACAUUUUCCCAACAACACUGUGCCUGACAUACUUUAUGCAAAUGAGAUAAAACAGGAGGACGAGUCUGCUCCUGCAAGCGACCUGAAUUCUCUUCCAGUUCAAGCCAUCUGUCCAGACAUCAAACUCCCAACCACGCCACCUGCGCCUCCAGUGCCACAGCUGGAGUCGGAGCCUCAGCCAUCUCUAAACGCAGAUAGCCAAGCGACCACUCUGCUGGUGGUAGCCUCGAUGAAAAAACUCCUGGAGGAAUCCCUUAGCACAGUUUCUGAGAGUCAAACCCAAGAGGCUGGAGGGGCCUUUGAAGCAGCCAGAGAUACUUCAGAGCAAGAUAAAAAGCCAGUUUUAUCAACAGUUUAUUGUGAAAAUAAUGAAAAGGCUCUAGUAGCUGCUUGUGUGCCAUCCAAAAUGGAAUCCCUACAACUGGAUAGCGAUAUCCUGAAAGGGAAAGACUUGCCAACCCCCCCACUUAAGGAUUUGUCACAAAUUAGGGAGGCAGUUCAAUCUCUUUCAACCUCAGGUGAGCCUCCGCAUUCUUUAUGCGAUCAGUCAUCUCAGACCUCUUCAACGCCAUUCGUUAGCACGGCUUCAUCACGUAGAACCCAGAGAUCUCACAGCAAAAAUUGGGCCGAUCAAAACCACUCCUUUGAUGAGCCACCAAAGCUUCACCACAUCACAACUGAAGCCGUGGAUCCACCGCAACUCGAUCAGCAGAGUCUGUGCCACAACAGCCAUGUGCCAUUAGCAGAGAGGUACCGCACUACGAUGAGGCACACCAGCUCAAGCAGCCUUCAGAAGAAGCGGGAAUACUGGAAACUGAUGAAAAGGCAGCAGAGAGCGAAGUUGAAGGCCAGGCAGAAGGAGCUUCUUUCCAGGAAUACCAAGGUGAGCCAAUAUAGCCAAUCUCUUGAGGCAGGCUGUUAGUCUUUGUUUUAAAGGGGUCAUAGGGGACAUUAAACAUUUGGAUUGGAGCGGGGUAGUUAAUUGAGUUUAUGUAGGAUUAAAAUUUUUGAAAUGAGGCUCUCCUUGGCGUCCGUAGCUCAGAGACAUCAGGGCGCUUAAGGGGUGAUAGAAUGAUUCUAUAGGGUAUCU